AUAUAAACCAGAUUAUUCCAUGUUUGUUCAGGUGAAGAUGGCUGAGGACACAGUGAAGAGAGUAACUGGCAUAAAUCCUAUGUUCCCAACCAUGUCGGACAUUUCAUCCGUCAGCAUUCCUUUCACCGGCAGCCCGUCGGAAGUAACUUCCGAUGCUGCCGUUUCCAUACAGGAUGACCCAAGCCGCUUCUUCGCGCCUGCGACACACCAGGGAAUCAACAACUGCCUUCCAGAGAUUACGCCGGCUGGUUCUCCGGCCGACGACGCCGUCCAUGGUGGUAUGGGAAGACCGCCGUCCAUGCAACGGGUGGCCAGCUUGGAGCAUCUUCAGCAGAGAAUCCGCAGCUGGGAUGCUUCUGGUUGGGAUCCUGAAAGCUCCGGUGGCAAGAGACAAAACUAGGUUAGUAGAAAACUCUAUAUGUGUAAUUCAGCUAAUGAUUUGUUUAUCAACAAAAUGCCUUCCAUUUCUCUGCUUCUUCUGCUACAAUUUAACAUUGAAUCUCUGCUUUCU